UCCGGAUGAUGGCCUAUAGUAGAAGUCCCCUUAUCUUUUUUUAAGCCGAUAACCUUUGCAUUCCAGAUACAUAAUAAUAACUCCCUCUCCUUCUCUCUCGUUUUUAAGCUUUAUUUGUUCUCAUGCAACCUUUUUCGUCAUCUUGACGUUGUAUUUGAGUGGGUGUUAGUUUUCUCUCUUAAAUUUGUAGAAAUUGUACACAAUGGUCUUCUUUCUUGACUACAUCCAACAUAAACGAGACUGCAAGUUUAAGCAGAAUGAGCGAGCAGAGAGAAUUCGGGCCUUGACCCAAUACCGCGGUCCCUUUACCGCAUUGGAUCGAGAAAUCAUCGACAAGCCAAUAGAAGAAUUGGUGCAAGAUGUACAAAAAGGCGUACUUGACCCUAUUGAACUUCUCCACACUUAUGGCAAGGUUGCCAUCAAAGCGCACGAGAAGACAAAUUGUCUUACGGAAGUCAUGAUAUCUGCUGCCGAAGGUUGGGUUAAAGAUGGUUCCAUCAACUUCAAGGGUCCAUUGGCUGGAAUUCCUGUGAGCUUAAAAGACACCAUCAAUGUUGGCGGCUUCGACUCCACAGUUGGCUACAGCAGCUUCGUUGGAAAUAAGCCAUCUCAAGAUGGGGGUCAUACCCGCUUACUGAAGGACGCUGGCGCUAUCCCCUAUGUUAAGACCAAUAUGCCUAUCACUCUUCUGAGCUUCGAGUCGACGAAUGAUGUAUGGGGUCGAUGCACCAAUCCCCACAACAACAAGUACUCUCCGGGUGGGUCCACUGGGGGUGAAGCAGCUUUACUGGCGUUAGGUGGAAGGAUCGGAAUCGGAAGCGAUGUUGCCGGAAGUGUUCGGGCUCCCGCACAUUUCUCCGGUAUCUACAGUCUGCGAUGCUCGACUGGACGAUGGCCGAAAGCCGGAUUUGCGACGAGUAUGCCCGGUCAAGAAGGUGUUCCCAGCGUGUAUAGCCCUAUGACGAGAACCUUAAACGACUUGACAUAUUUCACCCGCGCCGUUGUCGAAAUGCAACCUUGGAAAUACGACCAUACUAUUCACCCCUUACCGUGGAGACCCGAGGUGGAGAAGGAAUAUGCGACAAAGGAAAAGUUUCGCGUAGGCGUGAUGAGGACGGAUGGCGUCGUAGAUCCGAGUCCCGCAUGCCUGCGAGCGCUAGAAAAGACGGAAGCUGCUUUAAGGGAAGCCGGUCAUGAGAUUGUUGAAAUUGACCCGCCAUCACCAUACGAGGCACUUCGACUCGGCGCUCUCCUAUUGAAUGCUGACGGUUGCCAGAUGUUCAAGUCGUUCUUCCGAUUUGGCGAGUGGGAUGAUCCGGGUGCCGACCAAAUGGACUUCCUUAUGAGGCUGCCGCGACCACUUAAAUACCUUUACUACCUGUGGGUGAAGUACAUCCGAAGGGAUAAUGUAUGGGCUGGCCUCAUUAAGGACUGGCAUGCGAAGACUGCAUUCGAACAGUGGAAGCUAGUGAGCCAGCGGGAGGCAUAUAAAGCCAAGUGGUUCGAUUGGUGGGAGAGUGUCGACGUUGACUUCUUAAUUACACCACCUAAUGCAACACCGGCCGUACCUCAUGAUGGUAUGAAAGAGGCUGUUAGUAGCUGUGGUUACACGUUCCUCUUCAAUAUUGUCGACUAUACAUGCGGUAUAAUUCCUGUGACGCAUGUUGAUAAGGAUCUUGAUAAGUUGCCAUCCACGUUCAACAUCAAGAAGCUGAAUGGAGUUGCUCAAGGCGCAUACAAGUUGUACGACGCCGAGGCGAUGCACGGACUACCCGUCGCAGUGCAAAUUGUUGGACGAAGAUUAGAAGAAGAAAAGGUGCUUGCAAUCAUGAAGAGAGUUGAGGAUGCUCUAGGUGAUGAGAAGUACACCUUGCUUGAGAUAGAUUGAGGUGGUGGUUUUGGAGUGGUUAGAUCUGGGUAGAUCUUACGGUACCCCAUUUGUAUGCGAUGAUUUCAAAAGAAGGCAGUCAUCCAUGAUUCAAAUCCGAGCAAGUACCCAAAUAAAGAUUCAGGUAAACCAAUGCGCACUCCUGUGAUUUAAAGUGAAUCCACAAACACCCAUAGUGCCCCUUGCAUGUUGAU